CCCACUUGUUUUAAAUCUUGUGACAUGCCAGUAUUGGAGAAUGCCAGAAUCAGAAGUAAUAGCCAGUGGUUUAAAGUCAAUGACAAGUUGGACUAUGAAUGCCUUGACGGAUUUGAAAGCAGAGAUGGGCGCGCAGGUUCCAUAGUGUGUGGUAAUGACGGUUGGUCUCAUAAACCAGAAUGUUAUGAAAUAGAAUGCAAGGUUCCAGAAGUAAAAGAAAACUUAAUUGCUAACCCCAGAAAGGAUAAAUAUAGAGUUGGAGACAUGUUGAAAUUCUCCUGCAAACCAAGACUUAAAAGAGUUGGACCAGAUUCAGUUCAAUGUUACCACUUUGGAUGGUCCCCUAAUCUUCCAACAUGUAAAGAGCAAACAAAACAGUGUGCUCCACCUCCUCAACUCCUCAAUGGGGAAGUUAAAGAAACACAAAAAGAAAUCUAUGAACACAAUGAUUUGGUGGAAUAUGUUUGCAAUAGUAGAUUUCUGAUGAAGGGUUUUAAAAAAAUUCAGUGUGUUGACGGACAAUGGACAGACUUGCCUAUGUGUAUUGAGGUGGAGAGUACAUGUAGAGAGAUACCUGAACUUCAUUAUGGCUCUGUUGUUCAGUCUUCUGUCCCUCCCUAUCACCAUGGAGAUUCAGCAGAGUUCAAUUGCAUGGAAGACUUUACAAUGAUUGGACACAAAUCAAUUACAUGUCUUAAUGGAAUGUGGACCCCACUUCCUCAGUGCAUCGCAACCAAUGAACUUGAAAGAUGUAAAUUCAACUUGACCAAACAGACACAACCAUUAAGUAAGACUGUAUAUGAUCAUAACAAGAAUGUAAGUUAUAAAUGCAGAGGAGCAAUAAAGCUGAAAUACUCAACAUGCAUAAAUGGACGAUGGAACCCCGAUCUAAGCUGCACAGAAGUUAGAACGCAGCCGUGCCCCCCUCCACCUCAGAUUCCCAAUGCUCAAAAUAUGGCAACGACGGUGAAUUAUCAGGAUGGAGAAAAAGUAUCUGUUGUCUGUCAAGACAAUUAUAUAAUUCAGGGUGCAGAAGAAAUUGUGUGCCAAGAUGGAAGAUGGCAGUCAAUACCACGCUGUGUUGAAAAACUCGGGUGUCCUCAACCACCUCGUAUAGAACAUGGAACCAUUAAAUCGUCUGAAUUUUCAGAAGAAAUAAAAGAAACAUUGAAACCUAAGCUUUACCCACAUGGCAGCAAACUAAGUUACACUUGUGAGGAUGGUUUCAGGAUAUCUGAAAAAGAAGAGAUAACAUGCGAGAUGGGAAAAUGGAGUUCCCUACCCCUGUGUGUAGGGCUUCCUUGUGCGCCACCAGAAUAUGUGGUUCCACAUAGUUUUCCUCUUCACAAAGCAGACAGUUACCAGUAUGGAGAAGAAAUAGUAUACGAAUGUGAAAAAGGUUUUGGGACUAAAGGAUCUGCAUCUAUAAAGUGUUUAGGAGGAAAAUGGUCUCAUCCACCAGAAUGCAUAAAAAUGGAUUGUUUUGGCCUACCUGACUUUGGUAUUGCCAUACCCAUAGGCCCGAAGAAGGACUCAUAUAGGUCAGAAGAAAAAGUGACUUAUAUGUGUCCAAAUAAUUACCAAUUGGAUGGACCCAAUUUUAUACAGUGUAUUAAGAGCCAAUGGAUAGGAAAGCCAAUAUGCAAAGAUAUUUCCUGUGGGAAUCCACCCAAAGUGGAAAAUGCUAUUAUACUAAAUGAGAAGCCUAGGUAUCUAAUUGGUCAGACUGCACGUUAUGAAUGCAUCAAACCUUUUGAACUGUUUGGGGAAGCAGAAGUGAUAUGUUUCAACGGGUACUGGUCACAACCGCCUCAGUGUGCAGAACCUAGUGGAAAAUGUGUGUCUCCUCCAUCUAUUGACAAUGGAGACAUUACCUCAUUCCCACUAGUAGCAUAUGCUCCAGGAUCGUCAGUAGAGUACAAAUGUCAGGCCUUCUAUGUACUUCAGGGACCCCGGACCAUAAUAUGCAGAAAUGGAAAGUGGUCACCACCACCACCAAAAUGCUUAGAGCCCUGUAUAGUAUCAGAAGAAAUCAUGAGAAGACAUAAUAUAAAAUUUCGAUGGUUUUAUAAGACAAAAAUAUAUUCUACAACAGGGGAAGUGAUUGAAUUUGACUGUCUCUCUGGAUAUCGUAGAAAGACACCAGCACAUACAUUCCGAGCCACAUGUCAUGAUGGGAAACUGUUAUAUCCUGAAUGUGGAUAAAACAAUGAUUAAGAUGCAGUCCUAAAAUUAAAAUAUGUACAUUUACUCAGAAUUUUUCAUUAUCAAUCUAAUUCUCAGUUUAUUUUUUCAAGUAUUGUGUAACUCACUUAUAUUCAUAAAUCAGAAUUUGUAUUGAAUAUUAUAUGCAUGAUGUGAUGAUAAUCAGAGGGAUGAAUAAAUCACUUCUUAAAAGCACCUCAUU